UUUAAAAAAAAGAAAAAAACUCCAUAAAGCGACUCUCUUUCCUGUAUAAAUCUUAUUCGCUGCUGUGAUUGAAACAUUUACUUUUGUAAGAAGAGAGAGGAGAGAAGAUGUCUCAGACUGUGGUUCUAAAGGUGGCUAUGCCGUGUGAGGGAUGCGUGGGAGCUGUGAAAAGAGUCCUAGGCAAAAUGCAAGGUGUGGAGUCAUUUGAUGUGGAUCUGAAAGAGCAGAAGGUAACAGUGAAAGGCAACGUGGAGCCAGAAGCUGUUCUGCAGACAGUCUCAAAGACAGGAAAGAAAACCAGUUUCUGGGGAGCCGACGAGGCUGAAACUGCCAAGGCCUAAAACUGGAAGAAUCAACAAAGCAUCUCUGUUUUUAGCAGAGAUUCCUACCCCAAAAUAAUAUAAUAUCAUAUGUAAUGGAAACUCUCAAAUAAAUAUAUAAUCUCUGAAGGUCCCUUUUGUUUUUCAAGGAAGAAACGUUGGGUCUUGUAAUCAUCUUCUGUUGUCUUUACUUUCGUGUGUUUUUUUGUCUUAAGUGUUUCUUGUUACAUUUGUCUACCCAAAGCUCAAGUUGCUUCUU